CGGCGCAGCGCUUCUCAACAAUCACGGCUUCAUCGAAUUCACAGUGCUCCCUCUGGACGAGGAAAGCCUCAAAUAGAUGCUUGGGGUAAAUGUCAAGGAGCCUAGCAUAUCCUCGCUUUUGUUCAACACACACACACACACACACACACACACACACACACACACACACACAACAUCUGUCCGCUUUUCGGGUGGCCUCGCGCUUGGCACGAAAGGCGCUUGACCUUUCUCGCACUGAUCGAGGCGCAAAGUCAGCGCAACCCACUCUGUAAUUCGCAGUCGGCAUUGCAGGUGGCUCUACACACCGAGGCGUUGCAUAUUCUGCGUG